AUGGCAGCGUCGAAUAAAACAGCAGCUGUAUACCGACUAAUUAUGGUUGGCAGUGGUGGUGUUGGAAAAUCAGCUCUCACCCUUCAAUAUAUGUACGAUGAAUUCGUUGUGGAUUACGAACCAACAAAAGCCGAUUCCUAUCGAAAAGCAGUGAUGCUUGAUGGUGAAGAAGUUCAAAUUGAUAUAUUAGAUACUGCUGGCCAAGAGAACUAUGCUGCAAUUCGAGAUACGUACAUUCGUAGUGGUGAAGGUUUUCUUCUUGUAUUCGAUGUCACUGACAGUGAAUCGUUUUCGGAUCUCAACGAACUCUAUGAACAAAUUUUGCGUGUCAAAAAUGGAGGAACAAAUAUUCCCGCAAUCUUAGUAGGAAAUAAAAUUGAUUUAGCUGAACGACGCAAAGUUACGUUGGAAGAGGCAGAGCAAAAAGCACGCAGUUGGUCGAUUCGGUACAUUGAAACAUCAGCUAAAACAAAGCAUAAUGUUGAUAAAGUUUUCUGUGAAUUGAUGCGUAUUGUCCGUCCGUUUAAAAAUCCCGUACGCGAAACACAUACAGUUGCACCACCUGGCCCACGAAUCAAACCUCAGAAAACAAAAAAAGGUUCCAAAUGUGUUAUUUUAUAA